AUGGAUUUUGAAGGAGAACCUAUAAAACUAACCAUAAAUUCAGAAUAUGCUAAAAAGUAUGAGUUGAGAAAAAAAGAUGAAGAACUUUCAAAACUCAAAGAAAAGUUUGGUGAUAUGAGCGAUGUAGAUACUGAUAGUUCCUCAACUUCUGAAGAAGAGGACGAAUUCGGUGAAUUAGUUACUCCUGAAGUAGACGCACAAAUAAUGAAAACGAUUGUCGCGAUAAAGUCAAAAGAUCCUAAAGUUUACGAUUCUCAGUCAAAUUUCUUUGCAGACGAGGAGAUACAAAAAGCGCAUCAUCAAUGGUUGGAUAAACAACAAAAGAAAAAGUCAGAGGCAAAACCUAUGCAUUUAAAAGAUUAUCAUCGUAAAAUAUUGUUGGAAAAUGGUGCUGAAGAAAUAAAAGCAGAAGAGGAAGAUUAUCAAAAUUUCUUAUUAGAAAAUAUGGCAGAUACAAAGGAUGCAGAAAUUCUUAAACAAUGGCAGAACUAUAAGAACGACCCAAACAUAAAUGAGGACGAAGCAUUUUUAAUGGAUUUUAUCCUUAAACGAGGUUGGAUUGAUAAGGAGUCUGAUAAAGUCCCGUCAUAUGAUGAACUUAUUGCAGAACACCACGAUGAUGAAAAUGAGAAAUUUGAAGAGGCCGUCGAUCAAUUCGAGAGCAAGUAUAAUUUCCGUUUUGAAGAAGAGGGAAGUACUAAAGUAGUUACAUAUGCUCGUAACCUUGAAGGAUCGAUGCGAAGAACUGAUAAUAAACGUAAACUUCAACGUCAAGCGCGUUCUGAAAGAAAAGAGGAGGAGAAAAAGCGUAAAAUAGAAGGAUUAAAGAGACUUAAAAAUCUCAAGAAAAAAGAGAUUUUUGAAAAAUUACAGAAAAUUAAAGAGAUAACAGGCAAUGAUACUGUUGGUUUCGACGACGUUGACCUUGAAGAGGAUUUCGAUCCUGAUAAAUAUGACAAGAAAAUGAAUAAAGUUUUUGAUGAUAAUUAUUAUGCAAGAGAGGAUGAUAACGAAAAGCCAGAUUGGAAUGAUGACAUCAAUAUAGACGAUAUUGCAUGUAACAACAGUCAAAAUAUUAAUUCUAAAAUAAAUGCUUUUAAAGAAUAUAAUGAUGAUCAAGAACUUGAUAAAGGUGAUUAUGAAGACAUUUACAGGCAAAAUAAACCUGUUUCAUUUGGUUUAACACCUGCUGAAAUAUUACUCGCGGAUGAAAAAGAUUUAAAUGAAUUUGUAUCAUUAAAAAAAUUAGCACCAUAUCGGCCCGAACAUGUUAUAGAGAAUGAUUUAAAAAAAUAUUCUAAAAAGAAAAGAUUAAGACAAUUUCGUAAAAAACUUGAACUUUCGGAAGAACAAAAUCCACCAGAAAAUAAUUCCUGGAGGCAAACGACCGAUAAGUCACAAAUCUUUGGAAAAAAAGAAAUAAUUAGAAUGCUAUUCAUUCAUAAAAAUAAAAAUAAAAUACCCGUUGCAUUUAGUCUUGCAAAGGAUAAUUAUCAAUAG